GGGGAAGGUGCCACAGUAUAUUACUUUUUUUUGGUUCUACCACUUCAACUAAUGGCCAACGAAUCAGGAGUUACUGUUGAGUCACUGCAACAGGUGAUCAAGGAGCGCUUGCAAGCAGACCAUGUGGAAGUUGUCGAUAACUCUGGAGGAUGCGGCCAAAUGUUUGAAGUCGUUAUUGUUUCAUCGCUUUUCAAGGACAAGCGUACAUUAGCAAGACAUCGCCUUGUCAAUGACACUCUCAAGGACGAGAUUAGUAAAGUGCACGCCUUCUCUCAAAAAUCAUACACUCCGGAGGAAUGGACUCAACACAAUUCAUAGAUUGCAUGCCUUCCGUUGAAGUUAUAAAGCCAAUAUUUAGUGAUUUGUAAUUUUGCUUUUCCGGGUCCAUACAUCUCAUGACCGGAUCCUCCAUACAAGCCAUGAAGUUGUAUUGACGUAGGAAAGCUAUCAAAGGUUAAAAACAAUGUAGUGAAUUAAAUAUUAUCUUAUACACCCUUUGAACAA